UAGUAGCAGCAGCAGCAGAAGCUGGAGUCAGUCCAUCUCUGAGAUCAGAGAGAGAGAGAGAGAGAGAGAGAGAGAGAGAGAGAGAGAGAGAAAGAGAGUCUGGAGGGAGACUGCAAUCAAGCCAACAAAAGCAUUAACUGCGGCCCAGGCACUCAGAGAGGGAGAGACAGGACUAGGACCAGAACAGCAAGAGCACAAGGAGCAGAACAAGGAUCAGACAGGAGCAACGUAAAGGACAGAAGGGAGAACCAGAUAACUGAGCUUACAGAUCUUUUAUUUAAAAAAGCGAGCAAGAGAGAUAGCUUUCUCUUGGAGAAAACCCACAAUAGAAAGGGUGUACUGCUGUGGUACUAUGACAGGCAGAAACUGAAGAGCAUUUGACAGCAUUGUAUUCCUUCUCAGGUUUUUUCUUCUAGAGCUGAGCAUCAGAUACAUUGAAAAAACAUGCCGGAGCAAAGCAAUGAUUAUAGGGUUGUGGUUUUUGGGGCUGGCGGAGUUGGCAAAAGUUCCUUGGUCUUGAGGUUUGUAAAAGGCACUUUCAGAGAAAGCUACAUUCCGACUAUUGAAGAUACCUACAGGCAGGUGAUCAGCUGUGAUAAGAGCAUAUGCACUUUGCAGAUUACUGACACCACAGGGAGCCAUCAGUUUCCAGCCAUGCAACGUCUUUCUAUUUCCAAAGGACAUGCUUUCAUUUUGGUUUAUUCAGUCACCAGCCGGCAGUCCUUAGAAGAACUCAAACCCAUCUAUGAACAAAUAUGUCAGAUUAAAGGGGAUGUGGAAAACAUUCCAAUAAUGCUGGUUGGGAACAAAAGUGACGAGAGCCAAAACCGGGAGGUGGAGAGCAGUGAAGGAGAUGCUAUGGCCAAGAAGUGGAAGUGUGCCUUUAUGGAAACCUCAGCUAAGCUGAACCACAAUGUAAAAGAGCUAUUCCAAGAGCUGUUGAACCUGGAGAAACGCAGGACUGUGAGUUUACAAAUCGAUGGCAAAAAAAGCAAGCAGCAGAAAAGAAAAGAAAAGCUGAAAGGCAAAUGUGUGGUCAUGUGAAACUGCACUGUCAUGAAGCAAUCACGUAGUCUCAUUUGUCCGACAGUACCCAGUGUAAAACCUAUAGACAAUGAGGAACAUUGUGAGAUCCUAUUUAUUAGUAGCUGUUUUGAAAGAAAUACAUUAGCAUUAAAAUGGAUUACUGUGAUUUGCUAUGAAACAAACAACAACUCAGAAGUCAUGUGUUCAAGCUAUUGACUAAAAUCAAAAAGUGAAAAUGGUGAGGACAAACUCUAAUUUCAGAAGUCAUAGAAGACAACAAAUUACAUCCUUGGCAUACUGUGCUGAAGAUUUGGAAGUCAACUACUUAGAUUUUUUGUUUGUAGAUAGUUGCAAUGGAAGUCAAUGUAUUUACCUAACGCAAAUUUAGAGGACAAAAGAAAUGCCAAUGAAGAAAUCAAGAAUGUAUAAAUGCAUGUUUUAGUAACACACAUUUUUUUUUGUGUGAUUCUCAGUUAUGACUGUUUUGAGUUGGGGAGGUGCAGGGGGAGGUAAUCUCAGAGCUGCCAAAUUAAUGAACUAUUUUGCACUAGAGGGAAGAAUAAAGGCAGUGCAGUUAGAAGGGAUGGUGAUUCUCUUCACUUUCUAUAUGAAAUGCCUCCCUAGUGUGGAGCCACGUUUGAAUUGAAGGAUGGAGAGGGAAAAGUUUCCCUGGGUCAGAUGGAGAUCACCCCUUUCUCUGGACUAAGUUAAACGCUCAGUCAGGGAUGACCUGGCCCUCUGCUCUACUUCUCCCCUCAGAUAUUUCAGCUCAACAGAUGCCUUUGGAGUACAUCAGCUCAUAUCACAUGAUGCGUAGACAAAAAACAUUUUCUAUACCUGAGGUGAUAUGCUCAGGGCAAAGGCUACCACAGAAAUUACUCAGUUCAAACACUGCUGAUGAGUGCACAACACAACUGGUGAAUGAACUGCAUGUCUAUGGUGCAGAUGGAGGAAGGGCUGGGGAGACAAUUUUGCUCAGAUCACCAGAUUUGCAAAGUAAAAACAUUUCUGUAAAUUACUGUAAAUUACUGUAUUUGAUUUUUUUUUCAUUUAUGCUAACCAUAGAGUACACAACUAGAUUUAUUGCCUUUGUAUUGUCAAAAGGUUUUUAUAUUUAUCAUUUACAUUUUUGCUUUGAAUUAUAGUGACUAUUUGUGACCAAACCUUGCAGUCCUCAUUUAGGGAAAACUAUUGACACUGAUAAAUUUAUGUAGGUAAGGACUUCAGGAUUGGCCACAUUAAUAGCUCCAGUCAAAAAACCACGUUACAAUGCAAUACGAGGUUCAGAAUAGAGAAAACUGGUAUGGACCGUAUAUAACAGCAAACAGCUGUUCUUAAAGUUCUUACAGGUUAAAAAAAAGUGUAUCUAAUGUGAGCCUUUUGGAUCUCUUUUCCAAAGCUUUUUUUUUUUUUUUUUAAUUGAAUUAAUGAAAUUAUUAUAUAUCCUACUGAUAAAUAGGGGAAAAAAAGACUGUCAAAGAUAAAAAAAAGCACAUUCAUUUUUAAGUAGACACAAAAGUUAUAUAAGCUACAGUUUGCACCUUAAUGAACUGCUUUGGAAUAAAAAAAAUCACUGUAUUUUGGGUGAAUGUGUAUAUCAAAAGCAUAUUACUGGAAAAAUGCAGUCAGUACUAGUAAUCUUAGCAUGCAUAUUCUUACAUUAUAAAUGUCUUCUCAGAGCUGUUGAGAUGCAGAAUACACUUUAGAAACAAUUAUCUUAUUCUUAAAGAGAUUUCUUGUUUACUUUCCACCUUCCAAAUAGAAAUACAGCCAUUUCUUAGACAGGACGCGUAGAAACAGGUUGGUUGAACAGGAUUGCUUUUAGCAACCUUUUCCCAGAAGUGAACAUACCUUUUGUAAUUUGUAAAUCCUGGCUCUGUUGAAGUCAAUGGUAAAACUCCCACUCAUUUCAAUGGGGCCUAAAUUUCAUCCUUUGAUUUCACUGCAUUUGAGCCUGGAGAAUUGUAAAUCUGAUGCUCAUUUUCAGCUGGAAUUGCUAAUAAGCCAGCUUUUCCUUCUAGUUUUUAAAAUAAAUACAUAUCAUUGACUGAAUAAGGAAGCAAGGACAGACAAAGCUGGAGUGACUGACAAAGCCAUGGCUCCCUUAAUAAACACACAGCUCCUAUACAGAGCUUUUCAUCUCGUGAUCUCAAAGCCCUUUACAAAGGAAGUGAGCAUCCUUAUUUCCAUUUUACAGAUGGACAAACUGAAGCACAGAGAGCUGAAGUGAUGCCCAAAGCCACCCAGCAGGCAGAUCCAGCAUACAACCCAAAUGUCCCAAAAGCCCCAGUCAUGUCCUCUGCCUUUUAUACACAUUGAAGCAAUGUCUGUUUGAUAAUACCUUUUACUUCUUGACAUUCUUAAUCACUUCUUGACAUACAUAAUAUAUUCUAGUAUAGCUUUAUACUAAGGAUUUUUUUCCUCAGAUAACCUACUGAAAAAACAAACCCAACAAUAUUUAAGAUCAGUGCAGUGCAUUCUUCUGGAGUAUGUUUAGUGGGAAUUUUAUAAACAUUCAAUUUGUUUGUAAGCUAAUUGCUGAGUUCAUAAUUUUGGACUCUGUUAGCAAAACUGGAACGUAAAAACAGUAAACAUGCCUAAGAAAUGCUGGUGUAGCCAACAAAAAAUUAAGGGUUCAAUUACAAAGUUCAGUUGUUUGCAGGAUACCAACUGGUGCUAACAGAUAAAUAUCAAAGGUCAUACAUAUUGUGUAUGUUGUCUAAGAAAUGCAUAGAAAUUAAAAUUAAAAAAUCACUCUAACAACAAAGAUAUCACAUACACUGAUGUAAGCCACAAGUAACUCUACCAGAGUCAAGACAGACAGAUCUAAAUCAGGUUCAAAGGGUACAACUAUUCAUUGCAUAGGCCCAAAUAUUGCUCUUGACUUCAGAGGGUUUGUGGCUCAUGGCCAAGAGUGAUUCGUAUUGGAGAUGAAGAGUUCUGUGAUGAAAGUGGAAAUAAAACAAGUAACAACUGAUGCUGUUAGGCUUAAAAAUCAUUUUGUAUGGUUCCCAGUUGAUUCCUCUCCCAUUACAUAAUAAGCCAUGAUUUAUUUCAUGGACUUGCAGGUUUCAAAGCAAGGCCAGUAUAGAAGCAAUAUUAUUCAUGGACCACAGAUUCUAAAGAGAAUAUAUUUUAUACCCUUGCAUUGUCAUUGUAGUUUAUAAUAUUAGAUUUUACAUAUCUGUGAGCUGGUCAAAAAUAUUUGUUUUGUUAUUACUGAUACAGACUUUUUUUGUAGAACAAGAACACAUAUCUAAUAGGGGAAAUAAAGAAACCACACUGCUCUAUUAUAUUUUUGUGUUUUCUUUUGGAAUGUGAUACCAAUCUAUAUAAGCUCUUUGCAAGUGUACAUAAAAAGAGCAUAUUUAAAACAAUUGAGAUCUACAAUGAAUUUCAGCAUCAUGAAAACCUGAUAUGGGCAAAUCAACUAUUCACAACGCAUGGAUUUUAUAUAUGUGUAUGGGGUAUUAAGAUGUAUAGUUAUCAUCCAAAUGUAUUGUUGUAAUUUAAUGAUCUAAUAUUUUAUUCAAAAAGCUAUGGAUAUAAAGUCAUUUGUGCCUACAAGUUUCUAUGUUUCCAGUGAUGUUCUGAGCAUACAAAAUAAAGUUUUAAAUUACAAAUAUA